UAGAGAGAUGUAUGGAUCUAGGAGGACGCAUCGCGCGGUGACGUUCUGGCCUGACGUCGACGGCCUCUCGGUGGCUCCUGGAGGACCCGGAGGGCCGAGUAGUGGAGAGCCAAAGGCCAGGCCUGGACAAUGAGGCCUGACUCCUUGCCCAUUCCACCCCCCUAUGGCCUUAGACCCAGGGCCAGGGUCCUGUUGAUGUAACAGAGCAGAGGACUGGCAGAUGAAUGGACACCUUGAAGCAGAGGAGCAGCAGGACCAGAAUUCACACCAGGAGCUGACUGGGAGCUGGGGCCACAGGCCUAGGAGUACCCUAUACAGGGCUGAGGCCAUGGCCCCGCCACCACUGCCAUUGGCUGCCAGCACCCCACUUCUGCAUGGUGAAUUUGGCUCCUACCCAGCCCGUGGCCCACGCUUUGCCCUCACCCUCACAUCGCAGGCCCUGCACAUACAGCGGCUGCGGCCAAAGCCCGAAGCUCGGCCCCGGGGUGGCCUGGUCCUGCUGGAUGAGGUCUCAGGCUGCUGCACCCUGCGGAGCCGCAGCCCCUCAGACUCAGCAGCCUACUUUUGCAUCUACACUUACCCUCGGGGCCGGCGUGGGGCCCGGCGAAGAGCCACUCGAACCUUCCGGGCAGAUGGAGCAGCCACCUACGAGGAGAACCGUGCUGAGGCCCAGCGCUGGGCCACUGCCCUCACAUGUCUGCUUCGAGGACUGCCGCUGCCUGGGAAUGGGGAGAUCACCUCUGAGCUUCUGCCAAGGCCACCCCGGUUGCUCCUACUGGUCAAUCCCUUUGGGGGGCGGGGCCUGGCCUGGCAGUGGUGUAAGAACCACGUGCUGCCUAUGAUCUCCGAAGCUGGGCUGUCCUUCAACUUCAUACAGACUGAACGACAGAACCACGCCAGGGAGCUGGUCCAGGGGCUGAGCCUGUGCGAGUGGGAUGGCAUUGUCACUGUCUCAGGAGAUGGGCUGCUCUAUGAGGUGCUGAAUGGGCUCUUGGAUCGCCCCGACUGGGAAGAGGCUGUGAAGAUGCCUGUGGGCAUCCUCCCUUGUGGCUCGGGCAAUGCACUGGCUGGAGCGGUGAACCAUCAUGGGGGGUUUGAGCCGGCCCUGGGCCUCGACCUGCUGCUCAACUGCUCAUUGCUGCUCUGCCGGGGUGGCAGUCACCCCCUGGACCUGCUCUCUGUGACACUUGCCUCGGGCUCCCGCUGUUUCUCCUUCCUGUGUGUGGCCUGGGGUUUCGUGUCAGAUGUGGACAUCCAGAGUGAGCGCUUCCGGGCCCUGGGCAGAGCCCGCUUCACACUGGGCACGGUGCUCGGCCUUGCUACACUGCACACCUACCGUGGACGCCUCUCCUACCUCCCUGCCACUGUGGAACCUGUCUCACCCACCCCUGCCCACGGCUUGCCCCGUGCCAAGUCAGAGCUGACCUUGGUCCCAAACCCAGCCCCACCCAUGGCCCACUCACCCCUGCAUCGCUCAGUGUCUGACUUGCCCCUGCCCCAGCCUGCCCUGGCCUCUCCUGGCUCCCCUGAACCCCUGCCCAUCCUGUCCCUUAAUGGUGCGGGUCCAGAGCUGGCCGGGGACUGGGGUGGGGCUGGGGAUGUUCCACUGUCCCCAGACCCAUUGCUGCCCUCACCCCCCGAUUCUCCCAAGGCAGGUCUACUCUCACCCAUGGCUGAGGGACCCCCAGAAAUACCAGCAUCCUCUGGGCUCCCACCUCCCACUCCUGAUGCCCAGGUAGCUGUCUCUCCUUGGGGCCCAUCGGACCACCUGCUGCCCCCGCUGGGUACACCAUUGCCCCCAGACUGGGUGACGAUGGAGGGGGACUUUGUGCUCAUGUUGGCCAUCUCCCCCAGCCACCUGGGUGCUGACCUGGUGGCAGCACCACACGCACGCUUCGACGACGGCCUGGUGCACCUAUGCUGGGUGCGUAGCGGCAUCUCGCGGGCCUCGCUGCUGCGCCUUUUCCUGGCCAUGGAGCGUGGUAGCCACUUCAGCCUGGGCUGUCCGCAGCUAGGCUAUGCCGCCGCCCGUGCCUUCCGCCUCGAGCCGCUCACGCCUCGCGGCGUGCUCACGGUAGAUGGGGAGCAGGUGGAGUAUGGGCCGCUGCAGGCGCAGGUGCACCCGGGCCUCGGUACACUGCUUACUGGGCCUCCUGGGUGCCCUGGGCGGGAGCCUUGAACCGAACCAAAAGUGGGACCCGCCGGGGGCGGGACCUACAUUCCAAGAGGCGGGGCCUGAGCUAGGGGGUGUGGCUUGGUUGCCAGAGUUAGGCGGAGCCCUGCAAGUGCAAGGGCCCUGACCCCGUCUCAGGAUUGCGCCCGCCCCACAAGAGAUCAGCCGUUAUAUGGGAGGGUGACCUGAAUUCCAGGGGAUAGGCGUCGUCACAGAGAGAAAUGGGUUCGUCCGGAUGGUAGUGCCUGACUAGUGUGGGCGAGGCUUGACGUCUGCGCUUUGGUUGUCCUUACGGGGAGGGGCUUAGUCCUGACUCUCGCAUCCGGAUCGUACCAGCCCAGGGCGGCUGAGGGCGGAGCCUAUUUUACGCAUCGCCCAAUGACGGGACCUGGAAUGUACAAGUAGGGGGAGGUCGCCUUAGUUAACUGGCCGGUCAGAGCCCAGGUCUGGCUCUAGCCACUCCGGUGCCUCCACUUAACUGGCCAAUCAGCCCAGGAGGGGCAGGUUCCCCGGGGCUGGCUCUCGGAUUUGCACUAAUGUUCCUCUCCCCCCCUUUACGGGUGGCGGCAGGGAAAUUCAUUUCCACUGUUGUGUGUCCUGUGCGUUCCCCGUCUAAAAAGCAAUUCAAAAGGUCUAUGCAAUAAAGGCAGUCGCUUAAUUCCUCUCA